AGAAAUACACGUCUUUAGUCUGGAGAGAGUGUUUUUGCGCAGGCAAUAGUGGUUUUCAAAAAUUCGGUGUAGCACAUUGCCGAGUGAACAAAGUUGCUUCUUCACGAUGGACACCGAAGUUCUCGUUCUUCGUAAAAAGCCCGUCAAGGGUUCGCAGAUGAGGAGUGCUCAGGCGAUAAAUCAGGCGCAAAGAUCUGGAGCGGAGAUUGAGACGACAAAAAAGUUUAACGCAGGAUCGAACAAACAUCCGACGACAACGCUGAAUUCGGCGAAGUUGGACCGAGAGGAUGAUGUCCUGAAACACAAAACGGUUGAUCUGGAUACUGGCAAGCUGAUUGCGCAGGUUCGUCAAGUUAAAGGAUUGACUCAAAAGGAUCUUGCAACUAAAAUCUGUGAGAAGCCUCAGGUGGUAAACGAUUACGAAGCUGGCCGCGCCAUUCCCAACCAGCAGAUUCUGACGAAACUCGAAAGGGCUCUUGGUGUGAAACUGCGAGGUAAAGACAAAGGACAACCUCUGGGAGGUCCCAAAGCGAAGUAAAUAUCUUCGGAGCUUUAAUGAACGAAUGAUACGACGAAUGGACAGCUCAAUGGAGCACAGAAGAGUCGAAGAUGGUGACGUGUGAAACCGGAGCACCUCCAUCUCAGGAGAUACAUACCAUUGCAACUGCAAUUGUCGUAUUGUCCGCCACAGCUGCAGCAGAAAAAUAAAACUUUGAAAUACAAAAAAAAUGAGAUUAAGUCUACGGGAAACGCCGCAAAAUGACUAAUUUUUGCUAUUCAAUUUACUAAGCCUGUUACUACUGCUACUAUCAUGAUUACUGCUGGAUAUUACGAAAGGUAUUAUAAUAUUAUUAUUAGUAUUAACAUAGUAAUUAUCAUGAAUGGUAUUGUUAUUAUGUUCACGUCUAUAAAAAAACAAACAGAUGCACACAAUUACGCAUACUCUCCGUAUAUUAUUAAAACAGUGAAUAGGUAACGACGAAGGGAGCGAAAGACAGCAUCAAAAAGAAAGCAGUGUUAAUAUAACAAAUAAAAAUUAAAAAAAAAAGUAAUGUGUUAAUAAACAGUUGUGAUGAACCCGAGCAGUUGGAAAUACUGACAGUGUCGAGGUUUUACAAAGUGCUUUGUAUUAAUAACAGUAAUAGGAAGUACAGCGGCGAAGGAAAAUAAACUCUUUUUUUUUGAGAACCUAGUCGA